AUGGACAAGAUUAGAGAGCGGUUAGUUAUUUGGCUUCGGUGCGAGGCAUGCUCUACAAAAGCACAAAGCAGAUACUACGGUGGUGAAAAAUAUGACGAGAAUGACGAAGGUGUUUUGGAGAAGAGGAAUCAACUUGAAUUGCUUGUCCUCUUUCCACAGUCCGUGAGGCUUUUUUUUAAGGAUUGUCACCAAAGGCAGUCGUCACUUUAUACAAUUCAUCCCAGUCCGCACUCAUCCAUUGCUUUCUUUACAAGUCCACUUUCAAGAGGCGAGCUGCUCUAUUCAUCAGGUCAAAGUCGACUUCAGUUGCAUAUUCGUGAAGAUGUUCCAUCCGCUUUGAAUAAAACACUCGAUUUUCUCAUUUUUGAAAAGGCCAUUACCAAUGUGUGCAAAUUACCCAAAUUUCCAGCAACAUUGGAUGAGGAGGCUGCAGCUUUCCGCAGCCAUGGAUUCCCCCUCCUAGUUUGGCCUAGGAAUCGUGACAAGGCGACUGUUCAAAAGUAUCUUAACGACAACUACCCGGAUUGUGGCCUGUGGUUUAGGGAACUUGACAAGUGUCAGACCUGGCUGAACGAAAAGUGGAUUCCACUGGCCGAGUACUUGGGCCUUGAAACCCCGACCAAAUCUGGCUUCACCUCUGCGGUGUUGCAAAACCUCCCGCCAGAUUCAGUCACUGCCACCUUCGUUAAGGAACGCAUUGCAUGGCUGUCAAAUUACUGUGGUGUCCUUCAAUCCUACCUUGUACAUCGCCGUAUCGCUACUCCGGGCUUUCAUCACAAUCCUAUCCACCGUCAGCUAAGAUAUUUACAUGGCGAGCGUCAGAAGACAGUGGCCGACGACUCGGGUUUCUUCAACGUUGCAGGUGACCGCCUGCUGUGCCUGGGCAGGUCGGCUGCGGCGGAUAGCAGGGUGGUGGAACUCCACAUUCACGAAAUGGCUAAACAAAUAGCCAACUCGCAACAGCGCGCCCAGUUCCUAAGUGUCCUCCUACCUUUAGCUGACCUCAAAAGUGCUCUUUCGCAAGAGCGUGAUGCAACAGCAAAUUCUUCGAACACUAGGUCUCUCCGGGAGGCAAAAGCCGGUCUUAUGGAAGCUCUCAAUGCAGACUCUGAAGAGGAGGCCACUCCUGAAGGCAGUAACGACGACGAAAACGAGGCGAUGGACGUGGACAACAGUGAUGAGGGGAAAUCUAAUGGAAAGGAAGGCGAGAAGCAUUCGCGCUCUGUACUAUAUCCUAAUCGCCCAGUUACGAAAGAGAUCAUGGAAAAUCGAGGCAUUGUGAAGUAUCGUCAUAAACGCGAGAGGAAUCCACGUGUACAUCUGCGCUACAAGUACAGGAAGGCCCAAAUCCGCUAUAAAUCAAGGGUACCUAACAUACGGAAGGAGGACACUCCAUACGCCGGCGAGUUGAGGGGCAUCCGCGUUAACAUGAUCAAGUCACACAAAUUUAAGAAGCCCACCUGA